CAGUCUUACAGCAACAGAGUUUAGACGGUGUCUUUGCUUCAUCAUCUGAAGGGAAAAUUCCCAGGCAGAAGGCUUCUCGAGUACAAUAAAAAGGGAAUGAGAGGUAUUUACCCGAACGUUUCUUCCUAAUGAUGCAGUGGGAAAGGUUUGGCCAUUUGAUUUUACCAGAUGGCCCUGUGCUGAUUACAAACGUGAGGAGCAGACAGAGCUAAAUAAGGUUCAUGAUUAAAAAGUGCCUUUGUGAAGUCACUUUUACCAGAAACGACUAUUCUACACACCUCUGUGUUUGCAGAACUUGGUCUCUGCCUACUCUGAACACCUUGUCCUGACCUCAUGUGUGACUGUCUGAAAUCGCCACUUUUUCAACUUCAACAUUAAAAAGGUGAAAGGAAAAAACAAAACUGCUAGAACGUGAACAACUGACAAGGUUGUUUUCCAGUGUCACCAAUACAAGAAAGCAGCAUUGGAAGAACUAACAUUCUCUCGAGGAGUGUGAUUGCCUUGGAGUCACUCUAUAAGAAACGGUGUCAAAAACAGACAAGAGACUUAGACAUUUUACAGCCAGAGAUGACACCGAGUAUGUUUUCACUGCAGCCCACCUUCUUCAAGUGGGACAUAUUGAUUGAUGAGUGACUGCUUGCUGAUAAAUUGUCUGUUCUUCUUCUGCUUUGUGCGUAUUGGACUCCAUUAAUCAACUUGUUAGCUCUUCUAAGAGCUGGAUGGUGGUUGGUUUCUCAACAGUAGUUUUGUUUUGUUUUACUUUUUGAAGUUGGUGGAUACCUGACUGACAUAAUUCACUUAAUAGCAACACCCAGAACCUAAAUCUCUUUUUCAUCAUGGCUUUGAACGUUGCUCCUGUGAGAGACACAAAAUGGCUGACACUGGAAGUAUGCAGACAGUUUCAGAGAGGAACUUGUUCACGCUCUGAUGAAGAAUGCAAAUUUGCGCACCCCCCCAAAAGUUGCCAGGUUGAAAAUGGCCGUGUAAUUGCUUGCUUUGAUUCCCUAAAGGGUCGUUGCUCAAGGGAGAACUGCAAGUAUCUUCACCCACCGACACAUUUAAAAACCCAACUAGAAAUUAACGGGAGGAACAAUUUGAUCCAACAAAAAACUGCAGCAGCAAUGCUUGCCCAGCAGAUGCAAUUUAUGUUUCCAGGAACACCGCUUCAUCCAGUUCCUACGUUUCCUGUAGGUCCAGCACUAGGAACAAAUGCAGCAAUUAGUUUUGCUCCUUACUUAACACCUGUAACCCCUGGAGUUGGGCUAGUCCCUACUGAAAUUCUACCCACCACACCUGUUAUUGUUCCUGGAAGUCCACCUGUUACAGUCCCUGGCUCAGCUGCUACUCAGAAACUCCUCAGGACAGAUAAACUCGAGGUGUGCAGGGAGUUCCAGAGAGGAAACUGUGCCCGAGGAGAGACUGACUGCCGCUUUGCUCAUCCUUCAGACAGCACAAUGAUUGAUACAAAUGAUAACACUGUAACCGUUUGUAUGGAUUACAUAAAGGGUCGUUGCAUGAGGGAGAAAUGCAAAUAUUUCCACCCUCCUGCACACUUGCAGGCCAAAAUCAAAGCUGCUCAGCACCAAGCCAACCAGGCUGCCGUCGCUGCUCAGGCAGCCGCUGCAGCAGCGACAGUGAUGACUCAGUCGACUGCCAAAGCAAUGAAGCGACCUCUCGAAGCAACUGUAGACCUGGCCUUUCCUCCCGGUGCUCUUCACCCUUUACCAAAGAGACAAGCACUUGAAAAAAGCAACGGUGCCAGCGCCGUCUUUAAUCCCAGCGUCUUGCACUGUCAGCAGGCACUCGCCCAUGCGCAGUUGCAGCAACACACGGCAUUUAUUCCUACAGAUAAUACUGAAAUAAUCAGCAGAAACGGAAUGGAAUGCCAAGAAACCGCAUUGAGAAUAACAAAACAUUGUUACUGUACAUACUAUCCUGUUUCCUCCUCGAUAGAAUUGCCACAAACUGCAUGCUAAAUAAAAAUGUAGUUCUUCUGGACAGAUCACAAACUCUAAGAAGCUAGUGCUGCUAUAUCAUAUAUGAGUAUUAAAUAUGGUAUGCUUAGUAUAUUCCAACCUAAAAUAGUUAACUACCUGAUGCCAGCUGUGAUGUUUAAAGACAUAAAGGGUAAAGUUUACUUUCAAAAGUUCUCUAAACAUGGUUUUCUGUCCUAGGGAAUAUUGUCUUAUCUCCAUAACUAUAGCUGAUGCAGAAAGCCCAACCAAUUUCUUCUUUUCAGACUCAGAACAUUUCAAAUUUAGCAAUAAUCAGUUUGCAUUGGUUCCAACCUGUCCCAAGUACAGGUUAAAUUCUCACUCGAAUUAUUAUCGUUUCCUUUGCCCACUUAAUCAAAGGGUAAGUGUUCACUUCUCAAUGAGAUGAUGCUGCAGCAAAGAAAGAAGUGAAGUAAAACUAAGACCUGUCCUACAGGUCUCAAAUUCUAAUGGAAAAUCCAAGGACAAGCACAAGUUCUGGGGAUGCAUCAAAGCAUAGUGUUUGGCUUGCCUGGAGAUGCUGUGUUGAAUCAUGUGAUUCUAGAAUAAGAAAAAUAGAUUAAAAGAAACAAAAACUUUGCACGGUAUGAGCUUCAUACCCCCAACCAACAAAGUCUUGAAGGUAUUAUUUUACAAAUAUAUUUUUAAUGUUGUUUUAUAAGAGAGACUUUGCAGAAGUGCCUAAAUUUUGCCAGACUUCAUCCAGCUUGAAGGAAAGGAGGCCAAUGCCAACAACCUAAUCUAAGUGAUUAGUCUUUCAAACUCACCAUCCAGUUGCCUGUCACAGAAUAACACUUUGAAACUAAAGAUGUAUGUAGUAAAAUAAAGAAGCUGUAGGUGAGGAGAUCUGUAUAAUAUUCUAAUUUAAGUAAAUCUGAGGUUAGUCACUUAAAAUCUGACUGUGACUUUAAUCUAAAUUACUAUGUAAACAAACAACAAAAAAGUAGAUAGUUUCACUUUUAAAAAUCCAUUACUGUUUUACAUUUUAAAAGUUGAAUUAAAGGGUUGUAACUGACUACAGCAUGGAAAAAUAGUUCUUUUAAUCUUUUCACCUUAAAGCAUAUUUUAUGUCUCAAAAAUAUAAAAAAACUUUAAUACAAGUACAUACAUAUUAUAUAUACAUACAUAUAUACGGAUAUAUGGAUGAAACAGAUUUUAAUGUUGUUUACUUUUUUAAAUACUUGGUUGAUCUUCAAGGUUAUAGCGAUACAAUUAAAUUUUGUUCAGAAAGUUUGUUUUGAAGUUUAUUUUAAGCACUAUUGUACCAAAUAUUUCAUAUUUCACAUUUUAUAUGUUGCACACGUCCGAUACAAUACCUACAUAGUCUUUAAAUUAUUGUUUCAAAAACAAAACAGCUGUAAUAAAUGAAUAUGAUGUGUAAUUGUUUAAAACAUCCCUUUAUUUUGUGAGCAUAUUAGUGAUUGCAGUAUUUUGACUUAAACUUUUCAGACUGAAUGUAAAAUAUUUUAAAUGUUGGCAUCACUGCCAAUCCUGAAAACUAGAGACACUAACUGUGUCAUGAUUUGUCUCAAAAAAGAUCUGCCAUUUUAACUCAUGUUGCUCAGAGUCUAAUUCCUAUCUAUUUAUAUUAAGUCAUAGAUUUGAUCACCCUAAUGAGAGAAAAAUCACAAUCUAAGUGUAAUCUAACAUAGUGCUUGUACUGUUACAUUUGUUUUAAUUUGUGGGAAAAUAUUGUAUCUAAACUUUUAUUACUUUGGUAGUUUUACCAUUAUAUACUAUUAGUAUUUGUAAUUUUUCUCAAUUCUAACAAUGUAGUUAUGCUACAACUUGCCUAUAGCAUUCAAGGUUGUUUUUGUUCAUUUUUUUUUAAUACUUAUUAAUUUAGAUUCCUUGAAAACUUAGUACACAUAACUAAAAGGUAAAUUAUGAGCAUCACUGAAAUAUUUUUGUAGACUACUUGUUAUAACAUUGUCUUUCAUGUUAUUGUUUCAUAAUUUUGAUUUUUUAAUGACUAUUAUACAACUAUUUUCAGCCCUUUAAGAUAAACCAUCAAAAAGCAUCACAUAUACACAUCCCAAGAAAUAGAAAAGACUGUAUUUUUAAUAAGAUAUCCAUUUUCCAGAAUUUGUGACUAUAUUAUGCAAAAGGACCAUAAGGAUACCAUUUACAGUAAGGAGGAGGCAAGGCAAUUACAUAGAUGUACAAAUAUAUGUACAACAGAUUUUGCUUUUUAUUUAUUUAUAAUGUAAUUUUAUAGAAUAAUUCUGGGAUUUGAGAGGAUCUAAAACUAUUUUUCUGUAUAAAUAUUAUUUGCCAAAAGUUUGUUUAUAUUCAGAAGAGUCUGAUUAUGAUGAAUAAAUCUUAAAUGCUUUGUUUAAUUACAAAAACAAAAUCACCAGAAUCCAAGAUGAGAAAAUAUCAAUUCAGUAAAUGCUGUGGUUAAGAGACUGGAUCUCCACUUAUUUUGAGAACAGCAUUUCAUUAUUGGUUUUCAGUAAUUUAACAGCACUUCACCAAAACAUUCACCUCAAUCACUCCACUGACAACACUUCUACUAAAUCUUUCAGUAACACUUACCGAAAGCCCUCAUUCAUUACCUUUCCAUGUAAACAGAAGUCUAAUUUGUAUCAAUUCUAUGUUUCAGUUGUAAUAUUGAGUUCACUCACCCAAUGUGCAACCAAUGAAAUAAAAGAAGCAUUUAAAAAUGA